AUGGAGGUUUGCUUGAACGACAGCCAGCCACAGGAGAUAAACACUCAGCACCCACCCACUGUGGGGGAUCAGACAUCAUGCGCUAGCCUCGGAGUUGAGGCGUUCGGCUUCGAUGAUAUUUUGCAACUUCAAGAUUUACCAAGCCCCGGAGGCGAGGACCAUCCCAGUAUAUGUGAUGAUCUGGGCCCGGAGUCUCAGUACCCCCUCGAUUUUGACUUGGGCGACCCAAAGCUCGCUUGCAUUGCCAGUCAGCACUCUCAUGUUGGCAAUACUGGAAGUUCUAGUCUGGCCGGCGAGUGGUGCGAUGCAACAAUUGACCCAGCGAUCCUGGACGAUUAUCGCUCCGCAGAUGUUGAGCAGAGCCCACCAAGAAGAAAAGAGACCUCGCGCGCUGUGGCCCCUCCUCGUUCGUCGGAUAAGAAUGUUCGUGGCAACAACAUACGGACGAGUUCGCAAAGGCCGAAACCCAUGCACCAGUCUGACGACCCAAGCGAACGGUUCCGUUAA